CACAUGUUAUAGAUAGAGCGAGAAACAUGGCGGAGGAGAAGGUGUUCAGGUCCAAUAAGGUGUUCGCCGGCGAUGUGUCUUCGUGCAAUAAGUUGUUGAAAGGCCUGAAAACAACGGUGGCAUUGGCACUGUGGUUGGGACCUAUUCACUUCAAUGGUGCCUUCACUCUCUUCUCGCUUCUUUUCCUCCCUUUCUCAAAGGCACUCUUGACAUUUGCUUUGCUGUUUGUGUUUGUGGCGAUUCCUAUCGAUGAAAAUAGUAAAUUUGGUCAAAAAUUGUCCAGGUUUAUAUGCAAACAUGCUUGCAGUUAUUUUCCCGUGACACUUCAUGUAGAGGAUAUAAAGGCCUUCAAUCCUAAUCGUGCUUAUGUUUUUGGUUAUGAACCACAUUCAAUUUUGUCGAAUGGCAUUAUUGCACUAACAAGCAGCACAGGUCUCAUACCUCUUCCUAAGAUAAAAGUUCUUGCAAGCAGUGUGAUAUUUUAUAUACCAUUUUUGAGACACAUAUGGACUUGGUUGGGUUUUACAUCAGUGUCGAAGAAAAAUUUUGUGUCGCUAUUGGAUUCUGGCUAUAGUUGCAUUCUUGUGCCUGGUGGAUGGCGAGAAAUAUCUCUCAUGGAGUAUAGUUCUGAGGUUAUCUUUCUUAAGGAAAGAAGAGGAUUUGUCCGCGUAGCAAUGGAGAAGGGCAAACCUCUUGUUCCAGUUUUCUGCUUUGGACAGUCAGAUAUCUAUAAUUGGUGGAAACCAAAUUGGAAGUUGAUUCUCAAUUUUGCAACGGCCAUCAAAUUCCCCCCAAUAUUUUUUUGGGGAAUUUUCGGGUCUCCAAUACCAUUCAAACGUCCAAUAUAUGUUGUGGUGGGUAAACUUAUUAUCCAAGAGAAGGGAUAG